AGUACACAGCAGGCCCGGGGCUGGAAAGGUGUGGUGUCAAAUGCAGGAAGGGAUUGGGAGGUCGGAGUGCACUCUGACCUGUCUAGGACAGCCCCGGAAUCCAUCCUCUCUCUGGAAUAAGAUAUAUUAGUGUGACCAUUGUUUUUAAUGGAAGAUGAUUGAAAGUGAAAACUUAAAUCAAGGUGAAAUCAUUAAAGAACUGUGUUUGUGCAAUGGCUUAUCUCAUGAGAUGGUUGGACAGGAAGGGUCAGAUGCUUCAAAGCUGGAGAUGUUUUUCUCAGGGUAUCCCCGAAUAGUUGGAUUAUCAUUGUUUCAUAAUUUAUCAAGUCUUACAAUUGUUGCUCAAGAUAUAAAGGAAAUUUCAGGGUUGGAGACUUGUUUACGACUUAAAGAACUUUGGAUUGCUGAAUGCUGCAUAGAGAAAAUUGAAGGCCUUCAAGGAUGUAGAAAUUUGGAAAAAUUAUAUUUAUAUUACAAUAAAAUUUCCAAAAUAGAAAAUUUAGAGAAGUUAAUAAAAUUGGAAGUUCUGUGGCUGAACCACAAUAUGAUAAAAAAUAUUGAGGGCUUGCAGACUUUGAAGAAUCUGAAAGACCUCAACCUUGCAGGAAACCUAAUCAGCAGCAUUGGUCGAUGUCUUGAUCCCAAUGAACAACUGGAAAAACUAAACCUUUCUGGAAAUCAAAUUACUUCCUUCAAGGACCUGACUAACUUGACCAAGCUCACUCACUUAAAGGACUUGUCUCUGAACGAUCCUCAGUAUAAGUCCAACCCAGUGUGUCAGCUGUGUAACUACUCCACCCACGUGCUCUACCACUUGCCGUCUCUCCAACGACUUGACACGUUUGACGUAUCAGCAAAGCAAAUCAAGGAGCUGGCAGAUUCCACAGCAAUGAAAAAAAUAAUGUAUUAUAACAUGCGAAUAAAAACUGUUCAGAGACAUCUGAAUGAAGAACUCGAAAAACUAAAUGACAGAAAAUGCAAGUUACAGAAGCUACCUGAAGAACGGAUAAAAUUAUUCAACUUUGCAAAGAAAACGUUAGAACGGGAACUGGCUGAACUCAAGAUCUCUGGCAAAGGGCAGGGUGAUACAGGGCCGGAGGCCGAGAAACCCCGGAAUAGUGAGGUUGCCACACAGGAAUCAAUUCUGCAGCAGAAGAUACUGACCAAGCUGAACGCUCUGGACGACAGAGUCACAUUCUGGAACAAGAAACUACAUGAGAUUGAAGCGAUUUAUCGGACUGAAGUAAAACAGAAGAAGAGGAGUCACGGCUUACUGACCCCGUUUCUGCUAACUGAACUGGAGACCGUGGGCAACAUCCAUUUUGAAGAAGGCACCCAGGCUGACGACUGGUUUAACUCCUGCUAUGAACUAAUCCUGUCACGUUUCUGCACCUGGGACUUCAGAGCAUACGGCAUCACAGGGGUGAAAGUGAAGCGGGUCAUUAAAGUCAACAACCGUAUUCUGAGGCUGAGGUUUGAAGAGAAAUUCCAAAAGUGCUUGGAUCUUGAAGACAUACAAGAUUCAGACUACCGAAAGAUGCUGGAGUGCCUUUUCUAUGUCUUUGAUCCUGAAGUGACAGUAAAGAAAAAGCAUCUGCUACAAAUACUUGAAAGGGGAUUCAAAGACUGCGACACAAGCAAGCCCUCUCUCAAAAAGGAAGCCGUCACUCUUGUGAACAGCCUCAGUAUGUGUGAGUGUCCCCGAAUAGAGUUCCUCCAGCAGAAGUACAAGGAGGAGAAGAAAGGCCCAUCAGAGAGUGAGCUCUACAGACACGGCACCAUCCUCAUUGCGAAGGUUUUUCUUGGCCAGAGUAUUCAGGCUCGUGACCAGGAGCCCAUCAAUAAAGCCAACUAUCCCAUGGUUAACUCGGUGUUUGUUCCUCAGAGACACGUGCUAAGACAAAGAACUUGCGAUUGUGGCUAUCGGCAGUACAAAUGGUUUGUCUUCGACCAUGACCUCGUUUUGCCAGAAUACAUCGUUGAAUUUGAGUAUACUACUGUGGUCAAAGUUCACUCUUUAUUUUCUACAUUAAACAACGUUAUUCUAGAAGAAGGCAAAAAGUAUUCUGAAGGAUUAGUAUUCUCACAGGAUUUGAAAUUUGAUGAUGAAGUUCUGAAGAUGGAGCCCAGGAUUAAGCCCCGCCCAAAACUCAUUAGUUUGGAUGAGAAGACGAUAAUUUCCCUUGCUAAGACUAAUAUUUACAGCCAUAUUGUGAAUCUGAAUCUACACGGGAAUAGCUUGAGUAAACUGAGAGAUCUUUCCAAGUUAACUGGGCUUCGAAAGCUGAACAUUAGCUUCAACGAGUUCACUUGCUUAGAUGAUGUGUACCACUUGUACAACCUUGAGUAUUUGGAUGCCAGCCAUAACCAUGUGAUAACCCUGGAGGGAUUCAGAGGCCUGAUGAAACUGAAGCAUUUAGACUUGAGCUGGAACCAGCUGAAGAAGACUGGGGAAGAGAUCAAUGUGCUGUGCAAACACACCACCAGCCUUCUCACCCUUGACAUUCAGCACAACCCCUGGCAGAAGCCAGCCACAUUGAGGCUGAGUGUUAUUGGCAGACUAAAGACUCUUACACACUUAGACGGCCUCGUCAUCUCAGAAGAAGAAACCAGAGCAGCUCAGAAGUUCAUUAGUGGAACAAAGAUUACUCAGUUAACUCUCUUACAGCAUUCCAGUUCUAAAGAGGAAAGACCUCGGAUGCUCAGUACAUGGCCUUCUGCCAAAAUCCUGACCCAGAUUUCCAAGCUGGGACCCCACUUUCAUCUGACCGGGAACUGGUACUCGAAGAUAACUGCCUUAAAUUUAGAUGGACAACAUCUCUUUGAAAUCACAAAUCUAGAAAAAUUGGAGAAUUUGAAAUGGGCAUCGUUCAGCAAUAAUAACCUCUCCAAAAUGGAAGGCUUUGAGUCCUGUGUCAACCUGGAGGAGCUCACCUUAGAUGGCAACUGCAUCUCAAAGAUAGAAGGCAUCACCAGGCUGACUAAGUUAAGCCGCCUCAGCAUGAACAACAACCUUCUAACGGGCCUGGAAAAGCACACGUUUGAUAACCUGCUUCACCUCCACUCCCUCUCUCUGGAGAACAACAGGAUCACAUCCCUGAGCGCUUUACAAAAGACCUUUACUCUGAUCGAGUUGUACAUAAGCAACAACUACAUAGCUGUGAACCAGGAGAUCUACAACUUAAAGGAGACAUCAGAGACUGAGAAUGCAAAAGAUUUGUUUGGUGGACGGCUCACCUCUGACAUGAUUGCCGAACGACAAGGACACUCAAACUUUGUCCAAAUGCAAGAGCUAAACUGGACUUCAUCAUCCAUCAGAACUGUGGAUCUGAUUCCUGUUGACCACUUCAGGAAUGUGAGCAACGUGAAUCUCCAGAACAACAAUCUCACCUCAUUCAGCGGCCUCAUCUACCUGCCCAACGUGAAGGUCUUAUGCCUCAACUACAAUCACAUUGAAUCAAUCAUGCCUAGACUAAAGCCUCAGACCCACUUAAGCAGCAGACAGCUGCUCUACCAGAAAGUGCCCUCAAGUGGUUAUGGACAGCAAGGAACCUCAAAACUAAAUAGAGAUUCAGUAAGCAAUGAGAACUUGCCUCCAAUAAUGCAAAGUUUAGAGGUUCUGCAUUUGGGAUACAAUGGAAUUUGUAACUUAAUCCAGCUACAACUUAACAGACUAAGAAACUUAAAGUUCCUCUUUCUACAGGGAAAUGAGAUCAGUCAGGUGGAAGGGCUGGACAACCUGAUCGUCCUCCAGGAGCUGGUCGUCGACCAUAACCGCAUCCGGGCCUUUAAUGACACCGCCUUUGCCAAGCCAAGUUCCCUGCUGACGCUUCACCUAGAGGAGAACAGGCUGCGGGAGCUGAGCAAGCUGCAGUCUUUGGUCAGACUGGAGAGACUCUUCCUGGGCUAUAACAGAAUCCAGGAUAUCACAGAACUGGAAAAACUUGAUGUUAUUCCUUCUCUCAGAGAGCUUACUGUCUAUGGCAAUCCAAUUUGUAGGAAAAUGGUUCAUCGACAUGUGCUCAUAUUCCGCCUGCCUAAUUUACAGAUGUUGGAUGGAAUUCCUAUAAAUUCUGAUGAUAGGGCAAAAGCUGAGUUUCAUUUCUCUGAACUACAAGCAAAAAAAAGUUCGAUAAUCCAGAAUAAUGUCCCCACUUCAAAGUCCUUACUUCCAUCACACCUGCAAACUCCUUUGCCAUGUAAGUUCGUUCCUGUUACCAGCUCUCCUGCGGAUGGUGGGUCAUUCUGCCACGUUAAAGCCUCUCCCAUUAAAAUAACAAAUGUUCUUCUGCCUGCUGGAUUUAGCCGUUUCUUGGGACCUGACUUCACCUUAACUCCUGAAGUUGAAGGUAUUUUUACAAAGAGUUUCAGAGAGAAUGAAAAAACGAACAAGCAGCAGCAAUAA